UCAGCUACUUAUAGCGGGACUGUGGUGGGCAUUCUGACACUGGGGGGGGGGGGGGACUGACUUGGUGUCACUGGCAUCCCCAGUGACACCAAUACAGUGAUCAGUGCUAAAAAAAAAAGCACUGACACUGUACUAAUGGCACUAGGCAGGAAGGGGUUAACAUCUGGGGCGAUCAAAGGGUUAACUGUGUGCUGUUUUACUAGGGGGUGGGGUCUGUGUGCUUCACUUGUCAGCACACUGCUUUGUAUGGCUGUGGCAGAGCCAUCUAAAGCAGUUGUGCAGGAGCUGACAGGGAGAGAUCAGCACUGUUUACAUACAGACCUCUCCCCUGUCAGUGAUACUCGGCGAUCACUGAGUGCUGGUGAGGAAUCA